CCGCCUGCCUUCCUGUCGCCUGGCCCCCUUGUCUGGAUUCAGAAGAAAGGAGCUGGCCGAGCGGAGAGAUCAUGGAUGAAUUUUCGGACCCUGAUUUGGCAGUUAUGGGUGAAGAAUCAAAAUCUGAGAAUGGAGAGAAUGCUCCUGUCUAUUGCAUCUGUCGCAAACCUGAUAUCAAUUGUUUCAUGAUUGGCUGUGAUCACUGCAAUGAAUGGUUCCAUGGCCACUGCAUUAACAUUACUGAGAAGAUGGCGAAAGCAAUUCGAGAAUGGUACUGCAUGCAGUGCCGAGAAAGAGAUCCCACCCUUGAAAUCCGAUAUAGGCACAAAAAGUCCAAGGAGAAGGACCGGGAAGGGGACCGGGAACGUGCUGAAAAAGAUGAGAUGCGGGCGAAAGCCCAAGAACUGGCACUGGAGCAGAGCCGCAACGCCAAACAGAUCAAGCGCUCGGCCCGCAUGUGCGGCGAAUGUGAGGCCUGCCGGCGCACGGAGGACUGUGGGCAGUGUGAUUUCUGCCGGGACAUGAAGAAGUUUGGUGGGCCUAACAAAAUCCGUCAGAAAUGCCGCCUGAGGCAGUGCCAGGUUCGGGCUCGGGAGUCCUAUAAAUAUUUUCCAGCUUCGCCGUGGCUCAGUGACACAGACGACGUGCCCUUCCUUGAUCCCGUGUUGCGGAAACGUGCAGUGAAAGUGAAGCAUGUCAAGCGCAGGGAAAAGAAGUCCGAGAAGAAGAAGGAGGAAAAAUAUAAGCGACACAAGCAGAAGCAGAAACACCGUGACAGAUCAAAACAUGCCGAACGGGUGGAUGCCAAAGAUCCUUCUUCUUUACAUCAGUGCCUGGGCCCUGGCUGCAUCCAAGCUGCCCGGGCUACCUCCAAGUAUUGCUCCGAUGAAUGCGGAAUGAAGUUGGCAGCCAACCGCAUCUAUGAGAUCCUCCCACAACGCAUACAGCAGUGGCAACAAAGUCCAUGCGUAGCGGAGGAGCAUGGGAAGAAGCUGCUGGAGCGGAUAAGGCGGGAGCAGCAGCAGGCGCGGCUUAAGUUACAAGAAAUGGAACGCAAAUUCCAUGAAUUGGAAGCUCUUAUUGUCCGGGCUAAGCAGCAGGCUAUCAAGGAAGAUGAAGAGACCAGUGAAGGAGACAGCGAUGACACAGAUUUGCAGAUAUUCUGUGUUUCCUGUGGCCAUCCCAUCAACCCCAAAGUUGCCCUUCGCCAUAUGGAAAGAUGUUAUGCCAAGUAUGAGAGCCAGACAUCUUUUGGGUCUAUGUAUCCAACACGUAUUGAAGGGUUUCGGCAGACGAGGUGUGUGGUUGCCCCAUGGUAAAAGAUGUUUUUGAGCUCACUGGAGAUUUCUGCCGGGUGCCCAAACGUAAAUGCAAUCGACACUACUGCUGGGAGAAGUUGCGCCGGGCUGAGGUGGACUUGGAGCGAGUGCGUGUGUGGUACAAGCUGGAUGAGCUGUUUGAGCAGGAACGAAAUGUUCGGAUGGCUAUGACUAACCGGGCUGGGUUGCUUGCCCUCAUGUUGCAUCAGACAAUCCAACAUGAUCCACUGACCACAGACUUGCGCACAACUACAGAUCGUUGAGCUGGUGUUUUCUUGAUUGCUGAUGAGGCCUUCAUGAUUCAGUGCCAACUAAACCCGGAUCUUUUUAAAUUAUUUUUCUUAAGCUCUUUUUUCAUUAAAACUGUCUGGUCUUAGCUCCCCCUCCCCCAUCACUCCUGUAGAAUCUAGUUUUCCUUGACCCUAAUCUCUGUGUCAGUAUUAUAGCCUUGCUGUGAACAGUCCUUUUUUAAUUAUUUUUUUACAUUAUUACAGUUCUAAGGUAGAAGUCUGACAGUAGGGUUUUGGAGAAAGGAAUGUAGUGAUGGGUCUUCCUUGUUUUUUAACUCUGCGCUUUCCCACCUGGACAAUAAACAUUUGUCUCUCACUGGCUUGGAAUGGUCCCUGCCAUUGGAGCAAGAUUUGCAGCAAAGAUCUUUAUAGAUAAUAGGUUCCCAUUGCCCCUUCUGUGUAGCUUCUGUUGAGAACCUGGAAGUAGCGAUCAGAGGCUGUUAAAUCAGAGCAAAGGAGGGCAGUCUAGCACAGAUGUACUAGCCUAUUGUGUGUACUGCUACCUGGAAGUGAAAAAUUAAAAAACUAAUAAAAUACCCAGAAAUACUA